CUGAGGAUGACCAAUGAAACAUCGGUGAGCAACUUCAUCCUUCUGGGAUUCCCAACUCUUCGGAGAUGGCGUCUGUCCCUGUUUAUACUCAUCCUUGUCAUCUACAUCCUCACAGUGGCAGAAAACAGCUUCAUCAUCAUCAUUGUGAGGGUCAGCCAGCAGCUCCAGACCCCAAUGUAUUUCUUCCUUAGCAACCUGUCAUUCCUUGAGAUCUGGUACACAACUGCUGUCAUCCCUAAGAUGUUGGAGACCUUUCUGACAACCAGGACAACCAUUUGUCUUCACUGUUGCCUGGUGCAAUCCUUCUUUCACUUCUUCCUUGGCAUCACUGAAUUCCUGAUCCUCACUGCCAUGUCCUUCGACAGAUACAUUGCCAUCUGCAAACCUUUGCAUUACACAACCAUUAUGACCAGGAAACUCUGCUCUUUACUGGCUUUAGGAUCUUGGUCACUGGGGUUUGUUGUUAUCUUCACCCAGACUGUUUUGCUCUUGAAGCUGCCAUUUUGUGCUGGUAACAUCAUCGACCAUUACUACUGUGACAUAGGACCCAUUUUGAAAUUGGCUUGCUCUGACACCAACCUAGUUGAAUUCCUGGGCUUGCUUGGAACAGUCACCAUAAUUCCCAGUUCUUUUCUCCUCACAGUGGUUUCUUAUAUCUAUAUAAUCUCAACCAUCCUGAGAAUCCCCUCCAGCAAGGGACGACAAAAAGCUUUCUCCACUUGCGCUUCCCAUCUCACGGUGGUCACCCUUUUUUACGGAGCCGUUCUCUUCAUGUAUUCGAAACCCACCGCCCACUCCUCCUUCAGCCUCAACAAAGUUGUCUCGGUUCUCAACACUGUGGUGACCCCACUGCUGAACCCUUUCAUUUAUACGAUACGGAACAAAGAAGUGAAAGCAGCUCUGAAGAAAGCUAUAACCAAGUGA